AUGGACGACUACACUCUCCAGCAAGAGCUCGAAGCACUAGCAGGCAACGCGUACAAUCCAGAUCUUCCCGGUGAAAAGCACACACAUGAGCCCAUGAGCGCCACCAUGUCUCGCUGGCAGAAGCUGUUCCAUAUCUCCGCAGACGAAGCUGUAGACCGCAUCAUGGAUCAUCGCAACAACCUCACCCGAACCCGCAUCUCCGACGAUCACUGGGAUGCUAUCCGCUACGAGCAAGAAUCCCACGGAUAUGAUCGCGAAGCGUAUGAAUACGAGCUUGAGCUACAGAAGAAGCGAGCAGUCCUACCCAGUCUUCUACCCAGUACCGAAAGUGACGCCGAUAGUGGCAUGACCUACCUGGUCGAGCUUACCGGACUCCUCGAUUCUGCGGAGAAAGUUCGUGUCGCUGCCCAGCUGGAGAAGAACCCGGGGGUAGUCAGUGGCCGGAGUGAAGAGUCUGGGAGAUCAGUGUCGCUUUGCUGUGUGGACAGCGCAGCCAAAACCGCCAUUGUGCUAUGGGCUAGUACCGAGGGCAGAGGAUACGAACCGACGAUUCUGAUCGAUCCACGAUCUUUGAGAUGA